UGCGCGGAGCUGUCCUGCCCCGCCCCGCUCCACCCGCGAGGGUGGCCGGAGGCAGCCGGGAUGACAGCUCUCCCCAGGAACCGAGCCACCCGCUGAAAAACAUGACCAGCAAGUCCCGCUGGAAGCUCCUGGCCAUGCUGGCGCUGGUCCUGGUUGUCAUGGUGUGGUAUUCCAUCUCCCGAGAAGACAGGUAUAUUGAGCUCUUCUAUUUUCCUAUCCCAGAGAAGAGGGAGCCGUGCGUCCAGGGUGAGACGGAGAGGAAGGCCGUGAAGAUUUUUGGCAACUCCUCCCGAGACCAGCCCAUUUUCCUUCAGCUUAAGGACUUUUUCUGGGUGAAGACACCUUCUGCCUAUGAGCUGCCCUAUGGGACCAAGGGGAGUGAAGACCUGCUCCUCCGGGUUCUAGCCAUCACCAGCUACGCCAUGCCAGAGAGCAUCCAGAGCCUGAAGUGCCGCCGCUGUGUGGUGGUGGGCAAUGGGCAUCGGCUACGGAACAGCUCACUGGGAGACGCCAUCGACAAGUACGACGUGGUCAUCAGACUGAACAACGCCCCGGUGGCUGGCUACGAGGGGGACGUGGGCUCCAAGACCUCCAUGCGUCUCUUCUACCCUGAGUCUGCCCACUUCAACCCCAAAGUGGAGAAUAACCCAGACACACUCUUGGUCCUGGUGGCAUUCAAGGCAAUGGACUUCCACUGGAUUGAGACCAUCCUGAGUGACAAGAAGCGGGUGCGAAAGGGUUUCUGGAAACAGCCUCCCCUCAUCUGGGAUGUCAACCCAAAACAGAUUCGGAUUCUCAACCCCUUCUUCAUGGAGAUUGCAGCCGACAGACUGCUGAGUCUGCCAAUGCAACAGCUCCGCAAGAUGAAGCAGAAGCCCACUACGGGCCUGUUGGCCAUCACCCUAGCCCUCCACUUCUGUGACUUGGUGCACAUUGCUGGCUUUGGCUACCCAGAUGUCUACAACAAGAAGCAGACCAUUCACUACUACGAGCAGAUCACACUCAAGUCCAUGGCGGGGUCGGGCCACAAUAUCUCCCAGGAGGCACUGGCCAUCAAGCGGAUGCUGGAAAUCGGAGUCAUCAAGAACCUCACUUACUUCUGACUUGGGCACGAGUUGUACCCGUCUGUCUGCCCACUCUGCUGCGAGAGACCCCCGCCCCCCAUCCAUGGCUGUGGGGGUGCCCGGUGCCAGCGUGAUCCCCUUGGACUCAGCUCCCCAUCCGGGGAGAAGGUCCCGGGACUGGCCAGGGCUGAGAGGUGGCCGUGCCCCGGGCUGCUCUUGUGGAACCCAGAU